GACACAGCCAAGUCCAAGUGGACAGUGUUGUAAAAGUAGGAGCCGGUGACAAACGUGAUUUCUUAUUUCGUUUUUAUUUUAAAACACCGAAAUGGCAGUGAAUAGUGUGCAAUUCGUCUUUCUCGUAGUUUGCUUGUCGGUGUCCUGGACCAGAGCUGAGGACGAAAACACAAGAGCCGCGUCGCUGGUCCAGCAGAAUAUUGACCAAGUGUGUUUCGGGUGCAUCUGCCAGGCUGCUUCGGACUGUGACACGAGUUCCGGCUGCGUGGGUGAAGUCUGCGGACCUUUCCGGAUAACCUGGGCUUACUGGGCAGACAGUGGAAAACCUACUCUGAACAAUGAGCCCCCUACAAAUGAUGGCGCUUGGACACGCUGCGUGAAUGACGCGGUUUGUGCUUCUAGAGCUGUUCAGGGAUACAUGAACAAAUAUGCUCAGGAUUGCAACGGCGACGGAGUUAUAAACUGCGACGAUUACGUUCGAAUUCAUAGAUUCGGAGGCUACGGUUGCAGCGCCCCGUUGGAUCCAAAAUACGAAAAUGUCUACCGGAGCUGCAUGGCGGUUUUCGGCUAAUCAGACAAAUUGAUCAUUCAGAACAGGAGAACGGAACUCAUUUAACUGAAACAUUUCAUUAUUAAUAUUCGAUUUUUAAUGUUCGUCGAAGCUUUACUUUAAACGCAAAACGGAACCGAGAUAAACAUUUUUCAUUAGAUAAUCAUUUGAAAUUUUGUUGAAACUUUUCGGACAAACAGAAAUGCACAAGCUGUGCUAGACAGUACGUCCUCAUACUUUCGAUUCUCUUUGUUUUACUACAUUUAUAAACACUUUUUAUACACAUAAGACGUUGAUAAAAUAAGUCUAUAAUAAUUCUUUUAUUUUUUUAAUGAUACAAUUUGUAAAAAUAAUAUCAUAUGGAGAUGUAUUUACAGAAAUAUUAUACACUUUGAAAGUGGUCUCGUGCAAGAAUGCACGUAAGAAUCGAAUAAAUUUUUCAAAUCCGA